AUGCGCUGCGGCCUCCCGGUGUGGCGGUUGCAUCACGACCUUGAUCCGCCGAGGAGAGAGUGGCGAGCCUCCGAUUACGGCAGCGCAUCCCGACCUCGCUCCACCGAGGGAAAGCGCCGGUCGUUACGGCAGCGCAUCCCGCACCGAGUCACGGCCGCCGCGCCAGCCGCGGCCAAGUUCACGGCAGCCCAGCCAGACACGUGUUGUCGUCAGGCCGCAGGUGCGCCGGCAAGGCCGCGCAGCCAGUUAGGCGGGGCAACGGCCGGUCGCUGCACCUGCAGCGCGCAGCGUGCCGGCGCCCACUAUAAAUACGCCGCGCAGCGCCGGCUGAGGCACAUUCGGUCGCCGAUCGCAGCCUCCUCCGGAAGUCCAACAGCCACGAUGCAAGUACUGACGGUGUUGAGCUGCCUGCUCUCCGCCGCCAUGGCGAGGCCCGGCUUCCUGGGCGCCGCCCCCGGCUUCUUGGGCGCGGGCUACGCCGGACCUGCGGCCUACGGCGGCUACGCGGGCGCCCACCACUUCGCGCCGGCCAACAUCGUGAUCGGACCCGGCGGCGUGCCUUUCGACACCCCCGAGGUGGCGGCCGCGCGCAAGGCGCACCUCACCUACGUGGCCGAGACGCGCGCCCGCGACGCCGCCGUCAACGCCGCCGACGCCGCCAGCGGCGCCGCCUACGCGGGCUACGCCGGCGCCGCCUACGCCGGGGCUGCCGCCGCCGGCUACGCGGGGGCCGGAGCGUACGGUCCUGCCGGCCUGGGCUACGCGGGGGCCGGCCUGGCCGCCCCCAGCAUCCUGGCGCUCAAGGCCGGACACCACCUGGGCUGA